AUGGUUAUCUUAUAUUAUCGUUCUCCUUAUUUGCGAAGAAUUUUGUCAACAAAUAAAAAGAAAAAUGAUGGAACUUUGGCACAUAUUAAGUUACCAAAUAUUUUACCCGAAACUUUUCAGAUAAUCUUAAGGUAUAUUUAUAGUGGAGAAAUUUCUUUGAAAGAAUAUGAUACUUCAGAUAUCAUUAAAAUUUUAGUUGCUGCUAGUGAACUUAGUCUUCAAGAAUUAGUCCUUUCUUUGCAAUUAUUUUUGAUUGAAAAUGAAUCAAACUGGAUGGAACUAAAUUUUAACCUGAUAUAUCAAACAGGUUUUGAAAAUAGUUCUUUUUUGGAACUUCAAAAAUAUUGUACUGAUUUAAUAUCCAAAGAACCAGAUAAGAUAUUCAAAUCACCAAAUUUCUCUUCAAUUCCGGAAAAACUUUUGGUCUCACUUAUUCAAAGUGAUAAUCUUCGAAUAGAUGAAAUUCACAUAUGGGAAUAUGUACUUAAAUGGGGUCUUGCUCAAAAUCCGGUACUUCCUUCUGAACUUACAAGCUUUUCAAAAGAGGAUUUCAAUGCUCUGAAGAAUAGCUUGCACCAAUGUGUUCCGUUUAUCAGAUUCUAUAAUUUAACUUCUGAAGAAUUUUCAGACAAAGUAUUACCUUAUAAAAAAAUUUUGCCAAAGGAAUUAUAUAAAGAUUUAUUGAAAUAUUUCUUAAGUCCUAAUAAUCAAUCAAUUAAGGAAUCGAAAAGAAGAUUACAAAAAGAAUCUCUUAAGAUGAAUAUCGUAGAAGAUUCCCUUGAUAACAUUAAUUAUGGUGGCGAAGAAUCAAAAUUUGAUAUUAAAUCUCACCGGGCAACUGAGUUUGAAAAGAAAGAAUCAACUAGGAAAGAGAAAGUCGAGAAUAGCGCACCACAUAUAAAUAUUAAUGCAUUUAGUCAAACGCAAUCGCAAGCAUCUCAAAUAUCCACUGCUUUUGCACAACCCACAUUUGGACAAAGCGGUUUUGGUUUUGGACAACCAAUAUUUGGUCAAUCAGGGUUUGGAUCAUCUUCUUUUAGUAAUAUUACACUCAAAAUUCCAAGUGGAGGUGGUUUUGCUCGUUUUGCAAGAAGCAGCAGCGGUUUUGGCAGUGCAUCAAUUACUUCAAAAUCGGUGUAUGAUAUUAUAUAUAUAUUUUUUAUUUAUUUUUUUGUCUUUAACUCUGUUUAUUAAUAUAAUGUCUUUUUUUAUUGAAGCGAUAAACCACCCAACACAUCGUUAGAUCCAACUUGGUUUCAAAUUCGUAAAUGAAUAUCUUGGAGCUUUUUAUAAUUAUAUCUUUCCCUUUCCAAAUGUGACAGAAGUUAUGCACGUUACAGAAUUUAUUAUGUAUUCACCGGGUAAAUCUUGGUUUUAAAGAAAUACGAAAUUUGGCGGAAUUCGUACAGUACAUUAAAUAUUUCGUUUAUUCACGAAUAUAGUUUGAAGUUGUGAAGACAUAAUGACGAAUGUUUUGCUCAACGAGUUAGCUAAUUCAGAUGAACCCUUUUACCUAUUCAAUACAGCGGAGCGCAG